ACUGGCGAUAACAUUGAGCCUUAAGACGUUACGGGCACUAAUCUAAGGAAUUUACCCGGUGUUAGUCCCGUUAGUGUUUAUGAUUCCCGAGCGAAGGCAAGAAAGGGGCCGAAGUAAAUCGGACGCCUGGGCGCAGGUGAAGGAGACUCUUCAGAUGAUAUAUCUAGCAGUGACUCUUUAAUAGACUGGCUUACCUCUUUUGAACCAACUGAAAAUGUGACAGGUGGGCAAAGAGAACACCAUCCUUGGAGAGACGUGAGCCAGGCUAAUCCACACAGUGAGUUCAGAUUCAGUUCUGGCAGUCCAAGUGGAGAAAAUAAAUAUGCACCAUCUACAAGACUUCCCAGAAGAGAAACUAUGGAAGACAACCACAGUCAUGUGGAAAACCCACAAUCUCAAUCAAGAUCUGUGCGACCAUCUAGAUCAGAACAAAGUACACCUAGAGCAUCAACAAAAGUCCCUCCUACCAGAGGUCAGAAGAGAGCAAGAAGCAGAAGCCCAGACCACAGUAGAACAAGAGCAAGAACUGAAAGUAUGUCGCUUCCACGUUCACUGGGUCAACUUUCACAAAGACUCCAUCAUAGUCAAUCAUCUGUGAAGAAUGGCUCUAUGAGAGACCAGCUUAACUCUUUCAAACAAACUACACAUGUGACAAGUGGGCAAAGAGAACACCAACCUUGGAGAGAAGUGAGCCAGGCUAAUCCACACAGUGAUUUCAGAUUCAGUUCUGGCAGUCCCACUGCAGGGAAUAAAUAUGCACCAUGUGCAAGACUUCCUAGAAGAGGGACUAUGGAAGACAGCCACAGUCAUGUGGAAAACCCACAAUCUCAGUCAAGAUCUCUGAGACCAUCUGGAUCAGAACAAAGUACACCUAGAGCAUUAAUGGAAGUCCCUCCUACCAGAGGUCAGAAGAGAGCAAGCAGCAGAAGCCCAGACCAUAGUAGAACAAGAGCAAGAACUGAAAGUAUGUUGCUUCCACGUUCACUGGGUCAGCUUUUACAAAGACUCCAUCAUAGUCAAUCAUCCCUGAAGAGUGGCUCUAUGAGAGACCAGCUUAACCCUUUUGAACAAACUACACAUGUGACAAGUGGGCAAAGAGAACACCAUCCUUGGAGAGAAGUGAGCCAGGCUAAUCCACACAGUGAUUUCAGAUUCAGUUCUGGCAGUCCCACUGCAGAGAAUAAAUAUGCAUCAUGUGCAAGACUUCCCAGAAGAGGAACUAUGGAAGACAACCACAGUCAUGUGGAAAACCCACAAUCUCAAUCAAGAUCUAUGAGACCACCUAGAUCAGAACAAAGUACACCUAGAGCAUUAAUGGAAGUCCCUCCUACCAGAGGUCAGAAGAGAGCAAGAAGCAGAAGCCCAGACCACAGUAGAACAAGAGCAAGAACUGAAAGUAUGUCUCUUCCAGGUUCAUUGGGUGAACUUUUACAAAGACUCCAUCAUAGUAUGUCAUCUCCAACUUUUGAGCAGCCUUUGGUUAAUGAGACUGAGAAGUUUUUUAGAACUCAGCACCAAGAAACAUCUAGACAGCAAAUAACUGGACUUAACUGGCAAAAUGGGGGUCCUUUUGCAACUUCUGGAAUAAGGAAUGGAGUUCAAGGAGAAUCUUCUCCAGACACAACCACUGAUGGUGAAUCUUGUGGACUGAGACAGAGAAGUCCAACUACAUGCUUCUAUUCUGAAGUAGGACGAGUUCUUCCUGUAGUAUAUUCUGAGAGAGACAACAUAACUAGCAGACAUCAAAUAACAUCUGAGACACCAGAUAACACUGUCACUUUAGAAAGUGAACAAGGAGAACUUAGGCAUAUGUUUUCACAUUAUGAACAGGCAGAUGUGAGAGCUUAUAUUAGCACCAUUGGAAUUCCCUUUUGUAGAAUUUUAAAUGAUACAACAUCUGGUGCAAUUCAAAGCACAUUAAGGGAGACAAUGACAGAUUUUAGUGACUCGAGUAAUCUUAUGGACAAUGACAGUGAUUUAGAGCCUAGUCUCUCAGCCCUAAGUAGAAACAUGGAAAGGGAAGAGUCACCCAAUGGAAGAGAUAGUUCUCAUAGUAGAAGGAGUUCUGGUUCCAAUUCAAAUUCUAGCUCUGAUUCCAGUUCACAUUCCACAUUGACUUCCAGUUCAUACUCCAGUUACACGUCCAGUUCCAGUUUUAGUCUGAUGUCCAGUUCCAGUUCCAGUCUGAUGUCCUGUUCCAGUUCCAGUCUGAUGUCCAGUUCCAGCUCCAGUUUGAUGUCCAGUUCCAGCUCCUUCAGUGAUGAAAAUUCAGAAAUUAGCAUAAUGUUCUCUGAAGGCAGUGAUGAAGGAAGAUUAUCACCACACUCAUCAUCAGAAACCAGGAGUGACAGUAGAUCUAUGACCCCAAUAACAUCUGAUGAAAGUGAAUCUUGGGCCUCCCUUGAUCAGUUUUUUCUCUUGAAUGAUAAUCAUAACCAUCCUACAGGACUCAGCAAAGCAGAGAUUGACAACUUGGCUAUAAGAUGUUUUGCUGAAAGUGAUACAUUAAAAGUCUGUAUCAUUUGUAUUACAGAGUACACAGAAGGCAACAAGCUUCGCAUCCUACCUUGCUGUCAUGAAUAUCAUGUCCACUGCAUUGAUCGCUGGCUGGCUGACAACUCUACCUGUCCUAUUUGUCGCAGGAAAGUAAUAGAUUCUGGUGAGAGAGAAAAUUCUAAUUGAGAUGUGAAUUCUCAGCUAUAUAAACUGUUAUAGUGAUGGACAAACAACAGUCACUUGGCUUACAUCCACUUUUGGAAUGAUGCUUAAAUAUACCAAUCUGAAUCUAAUUAUGAAUCUAAAUGUAACAAUAUGCACCGAACCAUUGGUUCUUGAAGGAAUUACUGUACUUUCCCCAAUUUUUG